AUGGUGCGAAACCGUGAGAACCGUAGCGACAAGGAAGUAUCGCGUGAAACCAACAAUAAACGCAUUCGAAAGCCCGAUCCGGCUCCAUACUUGAACAUUUGGCGCGCAAUGACGAGAGCAGAAAAAAAUCUGUUCCUCACGAGCUGGAGACAACCAUACGGAGUUCCACUUGAUGCUGUACCGGAUGUUUCGAUGGUGGACUGUGGACCGGAUGUUUCAACCGAAAACACACACCAACCGAGCAAUGAUGUAGAAGAUUUUGAUGGUAACACACCAGCAAUCAGCUCUGCUAAAAGAUUCCAAGCAAUUGUAACAUCCGGCAAGGGUAAAAAGCGUUACAUUUACGACUGUAAGCAAACGUACCGCAAGCAGCUGGUCGAGUGUGACAUUUGUCACAAAAGCUUGCCCAAAACGCGCCUAGAAGGACAUCGGAAUGUUCAUCUCGGUUUGCGGCCUCUGGUGUGUGAGCGUGGAUGUGAGCAGAGUUUUCACUGCAAGCAGUUACUGCUACAUCACUACCGGAACGUCCAUAAUGGUGAAACACACUGUUGCGAUGUUUGUGGGAAGGUGUUACGCUCGAAGCGUAGUCUCGGAUACCACAAGAAGGACACGCAUGGAGAAAAGAAGUAUCCUUGCAGCUUUUGCGAUCAGCUGUUUGUUUCCAAUGCUCGUUUGAAUCAACAUCUCAAGUAUCACCAGGGGGAACGAAAGCAUCCUUGCAAGCUGUGCGAAUAUUCGUUCUAUUCGAGUAACGAUCUGAAGAAACAUUUGGCUACUCACGACAACCGCAGACCUGGUCGGUUACGCACCAGCAACGGAACGAGCAAUUCUAACUAA